GCGGCGGCGCUGCCUCUGAACCCCCUUAGACCUCGGCUGUGUUCGUGGACGUGGAGUGCACUCCCAGUAUCUCCUUUGCAAAUGGGCUCUGUGGCCUAGCGUUUACUCCCCUGAGCCUCGCCACCUGUGAUCUCAAGCCGUGAGGGUGCUGCUGGCAGCAGCGCUGAAAAGAAACAAGGGUUGAUAUCUGUACAAGAACUAAGAUCAAGUAACAUGGCAGCAAUCCCAUCAAGCGGCUCACUUGUGGCAACCCAUGACUACUACAGAAGGCGUCUGGGUUCCACUUCCAGUAACAGCUCCUGUGGAAGUGCUGAAUACUCUGGGGAGGUUAUUCCUCACCAUCCGGGUCUUCCCAAGUCUGACCCUGGUCACUGGUGGGCUAGCUUCUUCUUUGGAAAGCCAACCCAUCCCAUUAUGACAACUGUGUCGGAAUCCCCAGAGAAUUCAGGAACUUUCCAGGUGGCCAACGGCAUGAUCACUUGUGGCCUGGCUCAGGAAGUAAUGAGGAAGCGCCACGCCAGUGAGCCCAGCAAACAGAGCGCUGGGCCGUCUGCGUGAACAGGCUGGCACAUCUUCCUGCUGCCCGCCUGGCUGCUGCUUCUGAUCCAAACGCUAGGAGUCAGAGCCCAUUUUCCACUCCCCUUCCCCGUAGAGUAGACAGGCUGUAUUAAGUAUUUUAGAUGUAGGGUUUUUAAAAAAACACAAAUUUACACCACCUUUUUACUGUUUCAUUAAUUUGACUGUAUUCUUUUCAUACAGCCUUGGGUAAUACUUUGUUUACUUGUUCAAUUGAAACUAAUAAACUUAAGCAGCCUUUUAAA